CGUGGUUUGAUCCGAUAUAUUUUUUCGCAUUUCCAACAAUAAGUCUCUUUCGGCUUUCCUUUUUUUUACCUCUCUCUUUGAAUUCGUAUACUUCUCUUUUUUUUCGGCAAUCCCAAUAUAAUACAAGUCCUCGGAAAUAUGAACAAUCAAUGGAUGUAUCCUGAACCAAAACUACGCACACGAACACUCCAUGCGAAACAUGCCUACGUACGGAAAUGGUGCGGUUGUAUGUCACUUCGAGGUGGAGGUGUCCUUGCUUGUUUCAUCUGGCUUGGUUUAAACUUGUACGGAACAGUGAUGUCGUUUCAAUCCCGAAGCCCAAUUUAUUCUUAUUUGAACCGCAAUGCAUUGAUGAUCCAAGGCACGAUCUGCUUAAUAUUCUGCCUCGUUGCUUUGUUCUCGCUCUUCGCUCUAUUUGUGAAUAAACCAGUUAUCCUACGACUAGGUCAUCGAAUGACAUGGCUCAUUGUACUGGUGUUCUUGGUGGACUUUUUCGUGAAUAUCAUUGUCUUUGGUGUGCAAAGUCAACCAUUCGAUGAUUGGUGUGUUGGAAAGUCUCGUGAUGUGGUGGAUGAACAAGUAUCGACAACUCUGUUCAAUGGCACCCAGUUCCAUUUGUCAUUCACUCCGAGCCAAGCGGGUUCCGAUCUCUACAACUGUCAUAAAUUGUGGCAGGACGAGCUUAAAUUUGCUGUCGUUGUCAUCAUCAUGAUCGCAAUAUGUUACAUUUACUGGGCACUAUGUUUAUGGUCCUACACCCAGAAGCAAAUCGUUGUACUGCAAGAACAGCUUCAAGCGCACACUGCCGCUGCAGCUGGAAUGGCUCCCGGGGUGAUGAUGAACUUAAGGCCUGGUACCACGGCAGCGGAUCGCAAUGGGGAAUCAGAAAAUUACCCUGUGGAAGAUGAUCAAAAGAGUUUGGCACAAUGGACAAGAGAAUUAUUUUCCAGAACACGGACCGCUUUCUCUCGAUCCAAAGGUGUCGAACCCCACACCGAAAAACCAUCUUCAUCCUCAUUGGCAUAAUAUAGAUACUCUCGCUGUUUCCGCUUUUACUAUUCUUAUCCUCUCUUGUUAUUUCUCUCCAUGAAAUGUCGCCAUGACAAUUAGCUCACUUUAUCGUGAUCGUGAAUCAUAACAAAUGAUUUUUUUUCCUCGGUUUCCAUUGACUCUUUUUUUUUUUACUUAUUUGGGUAAUGGUCCAAUUUUUUCCCUUGUUUCUUCUAUUCUUUCUUUUCUCUCGUUCCUAGCCUCCCUUUGCUCUAAUGGCUAUUGAACGCAACGGAUUAAAGUAUGCUUGGUAAGCAACGCAGUAUAAGUUACAAUAUCAUCGAAUGUAUAGACACUGAAUGAAAAUGAUGAUAGUGCUGCCUGUAUACGAGGUCAC